AUGGCCUAUGACCGAUAUGUGGCCAUCUGCAAACCCUUGCACUAUGCAACCAUCAUGAACUGGAAAGUGUGCAUGCUGCUAGGGGGAGUGUCCUGGAUGGGAGGCUUUCUCCAUGCAACCAUCCAGCUCCUCUUCAUCAUCCCACUACCCUUCUGUGGCCCUAAUGUCAUAGAUCACUUUAUGUGUGACCUGAGCCCUUUGCUCAAUCUGGCCUGCACUGACACCCACAUUCUGGGGCUCUUUGUUGCUUCCAACAGUGGGUCCAUCUGCCUGUUAAACUUUCUCCUCCUGCUUGUCUCCUAUGUGGUCAUCUUGCACUCCCUGAAGACCCAUAGCCUGGAGGGCAGGCACAAGGCCCUGUCCACCUGUGUCUCCCACAUCACAGAGGUUGCCUGUUCUUUGUUCCCUGCAUAUUUGUGUACACGAGACCUCCAGCAAAUUUAUCUAUUGAUAUCUAUUGAUAAAGCAGUUGCUGUAUUCUAUACCAUGAUAAAUCUCAUGUUAAAUCCUGUGAUCUACACUUUGAGAAAUUCUCAGAUGAAAACUGCCAUUAGAAAAUUGUUUAGCAGGAAAAUUAUUUGA